AGCAGAACUUGAACAGGUGUUAUCCAACAGAAAAAGACACAUGUCAAGAAAAUUAUAUAAAAUUGGUACCAUUUUCUCUUGUGACCCUAGAAGUUGUAGAGAAUGAUGCAAAUAACUUAUUUGUAACUUCUGUAGAAACUUAUUGAAAAUUUCAAUUUUAAAGAAACUAAAAAUAUUUAUUGAUGGUUAACGGUGAAGAAUCUAACAAAGAAUUAAAUUCAAGCAAAUGUUUUACUAUUCAUGCAGUUGAUGCAUCUUCCAAUUUGACAAAUGUCAGUUUAAAAGAAAGUAAAAUUCCUGAUGUGAAGGAAGUUUGCGACAAUCCUGAAAGUAGUAUAUGCAUUGAUUCUGGUUAUGAAACUCGUAAAGAUAGUUGGUGCAGAAUAUGUCAGGAGGCAAAGUCAGACACCUUGAUAUCACCUUGCAAAUGUCGGGGCACCCAAGGCCUCAUUCACAUUUCCUGCCUCGAGCACUGGUUGCAAGUAUCUGGAUUGUCAGCAUGUGAAGUGUGUUCUACGCCCUACAUUAUUCAUACGGUCCCUAAACAUAGUCCACUUGUCUCUAUAAGCAUAUGGCUUUUCAAAGGAGGCAACAAAAAAUUUAUGAUAUGUGAUUUCCUUCUGCUAUCAAUGCUCUCCUUAAUGAUGUACUGGAUGUUGCGAAAUUCUUGGUCUGUAAAAUCAACCGAGUCAUUCGAAUUCUACACGGCAGCUGUCUCAUUUCUCAGUACAUCUCUAUUCGCCAUCAUUUAUAUUUACAAAAUAACUUACUAGUAAAAUUAAUAAAGAUCUCCAUUCUA